CCCCGCCCCUUCCGCGCGGGGCGGAGCCGCGGAAGCCCCGGACACACGUGGAGCGACUGCGCGUGCGCGGGCGCCCCCCCGGGCCCAGGAUGGCGGGCCGGGGUCGGGGUCGGGGCCGGGGGCAGAUGACGUUCAACGUGGAGGCCGUGGGGAUCGGGAAGGGGGACGCGCUGCCCCCGCCCACGCUGCAGCCCUCGCCGCUCUUCCCGCCCCUGGAGCACCGCGCCGCGCCCCUGCCGGGGGGGGAGGAGGGUGAGUACAUGCUGGCGCUGAAGCAGGAGCUGCGCAGGGCCAUGAGGGGCCUCCCCUACUUCGUCAAACCGGGGGCUCCCCGCAGAGACAUCGAGCGCUACUCGGACAAGUACCAGCUCUCCAGCCCCGUGGACAGUGCCAUCGACUGGAACCCAGACUGGAGGCGGCUCCCGCGGGAGCUGAAGAUCCGGGUGCGGCGGCUGCGGAAAGGCAGGACCACCCCCCUCGUCCCCAAGCAGCGCGUCACGCCUGACAAGGAGGAGACCAUUAAGAAGCUGGAGAGCCUGGAGAAGAAGGAGGAGGAGGUGACGUCGGAGGAGGAAGAGGAGAAGGAGGAGGAAGAAGAGGGCAAGGAGGAGGAGGAGGAAGAGUACGAUGAGGAGGAGCACGAAGAGGAGACCGACUACGUCCUGUCCUACUUUGACAACGGGGAGAGCUUCGGGCCCGACAGCGACGACAACGGGGACGAGGCCGUGUACUGACCCCGGGGACCCCCCGAGAGCGGGGACCCCCCCAGCCCCUGGGACACCGGGGACCCCUGUCACCCCUCCUUGGGACAUUGGGGUCCCCUGACACCCCCACUUUGGGAUACAGGGGGUCCCCUGUCACCAGCCCCCAAGGCCACCGGGGUCUCCUUUCACCCCCCUGCAUUGGGACAUUGGGGUCUCCUGUCACCCCCCCCUUGAACAUUGGGGUCCCCUGAC